AUGUUGAGCAAAAUUUCGGCGAAGAAGCGGCAGGCCACUGGCGGCACGCCGGGACGAACCCGGACCGGUCAUAUCCACGGCGGCGAGCCGCCGCGAGCCCACCGGAGAGCCGCCGUCAUUGAGGACCGCCAGUCGAAGACGCUGCUGACCGACGAGACCUUGCAGCGGCUGCGGGCGCUGCGGCAGCGGCAGUGGCAGAAGGCGGCUACAGACUUCAACAAGCGCCAGGACGCAGCAAGUGCGCGAGCCGACGCACCAAUCGCAGCAUGGCUCGCGGCUCACAAGGAGCGCGUCGCGCUCGGCAUGACGACCGACGGUGGGACCACCACCGACCACGGCGACACCGAAGGUAUGACCGAGGAGGUUGCGGCCGAGAACGCACCACCGCUGGUGAACGGAAACGGCUACGUUUGGGCCGAGAGCUACGGCGGCCGCCCCGGCUGGGUUCUCUGCAUAGAGUAG